CGCAACAACGUUGCGAGACGAGACCUUUGCACAUUAGCCUUCUUACUUCUUUUUUUCCUCCACGAGUAUACGAAUGCGAUAGGGACAAUGGCGACGCUUAAGAUCCGCCCUGUGGCCGAGGAGCCCGUGACGUCGAGAAUAUCGGACGGCAACAUCCCCUACGAUGCAAAGCAAACCUUCAACGCGGACGAAGAGGCGCUGGCAGCGUUAGGAUACAAGUCUGAAUUCAAGAGAGAGUUUUCGCUCUUCGCCACGUGCGCUGUGAGCUUUGCGAUUCUAGGACUGCUCCCGAGUUUUGCGUCGACACUAUUUUUCAGCAUGGGCUAUGCGGGUACCGCAGGUAUGGCUUGGGGCUGGCCGAUAGCGAUGAUUGGUAUUCAGUGUGUGGCUAUGAGCAUGGCGGAGCUGUGUAGCAGUAUGCCUACCAGUGGAGGAAUGUACUAUGCUGCUGCCGUGCUGGCGCCUCCAGCUUGGGCGCCGUUUGCAUCGUGGGUUACUUGUUGGAGUAACUGGCUGGUGCAGAUCACGGGCGCUCCUUCUGUGAACUACGGAAUUUCGUCCAUGAUUCUUGCAGCGGCGAGUAUCACCAACCCGUCCUACAAACCGACCAACCUCCAUACUUUCCUGCUUGCAUCCUGCAUCAUGAUCAUCCACAGCGUCAUCUCCUCUAUGCCGACCCGGUGGCUGGCCCAAUUCAACUCUGCAGGCUCGACUUUCAACUUCCUCGCCGUCAUCGCAGUCCUCAUCAUGAUUCCCGCCGGCACCGAUCGCCCUGAGCGCGGCCUCUCGCGUUUCACUCCCUCCAGCAAAGUCUGGGGCACCAUCCACCAGGGAACGUCGUUCCCGCCGGGCAUAUGCGUGCUCAUGUCUUUUAUCGGCGUCAUCUGGACCAUGUCCGGAUACAGCGCGCCCUUCCAUCUCUCCGAAGAAUGCUCAAACGCAAACGUGGCUGCGCCCCGCGCCAUCAUCGCUACUUCGACUAUCGGUGGCGUGCUAGGCUGGGCCCUACAGCUCGUCGUCGCUUACACCGUCGUCGAUAUCCCCGCUGUUGUUGCGUCACCGCUAGGCCAGCCCUUCGCUGCCUACCUGAUGCAGUGCAUGACGCAGAAGAUGGCGCUGUGCAUCCUCGCGCUGACGGUUAUCGCGGGAUUCAGUAUGGGUCAGGGAUGCAUGCUUGCGGCGAGUAGAGUCACGUUUGCAUAUGCUCGUGAUGAUGUCUUCCCUGGAAGUAACAUCUGGAAGGUGGUUAACCCGUAUACCAAGACCCCCGUGAAUGCUGUGUGGGGAAACGCCUUUAUUGGCAUUUGUCUUCUAACACUUAUUUUCGGUGGCAAUCUGGCGGUUGGCGCAUUGUUCUCGAUUGGCGGUAUUGCCGCGUUUAUCUCUUUUACUAUUCCCAUUGCCAUUCGCGUCCUCUUUGUCGGAGACCGCUUCCGACCUGGUCCGUGGAACUUGGGCAAGUACUCUAUUGCUUGUGGCACUAUUGCCUGCUCUUUUGUCGCUCUCAUGAUCCCGGUUCUCUGCUUCCCCAGUGUCACUGGCUCACAAUUGACCGCUAAAACCAUGAACUGGACGUCCCUUUGUUACGGCGGCUCAAUGUUCAUCAUCAUAUGUUGGUGGUUCAUCUCUGCACACAAGUGGUUCAGGGGCCCCAAGGUGAACGUUGAGCACAUGAUGAUUGGCCGCGAUGCCAUCGUGGUAGAUGGCCAGGAAGUGGCAAGUAUUGAUGAUAGUGAUGGUGGCAAUGUCUCUUCGGAUAAGAUUGUCAAAUCAUGAAAUGAUGCCCAUUAAUGAUUUUUAGGUAGUAUAACUAUAUCCAGUCUCAGGAAAAUUUUCUUUUCCUAUUAGAGGAAUUGACAUUUUUACAUGUUGAAUGGACACAGUCUGAAAAGCCCGCAGAAUCAUGUUUACAUAGUUUGUU